CGAUAGUGACACGUUGAUUUCAAGGAGUGUCCCUGUUGUAAGCACAAAAAGAAGACUUUGCUCUUACAUUUCUAGUUUGUAGAGCAUAGUAUACAUAGUUCACAAUUCAUUUCAUUUCGUCAGUCGGUACAUCCGUGUUUCUUCAGUUUAUUGUUUGAUGUGAAUGCCAAGUACAACCAGAGGCAUUCCUCGCUACCGCAGGGCAAACAUGAAACCACGGGUGUGUGAUGUAGCAUCAUCUCAGAUUUCGGAAUCCUUCACGAACUGGUUUGGCAAAGCCUGUUAGAGGCAAGUGCUGUUGCUUUCGCUCAACGUGUCUCCAAUAUAAGUUUUUAUAGCCUGGAUAAUAAAUUGAAAACACACCAACUUGUAUACAGUGAAUUACAUGCAGCGAAAAAAUACAUUUAAUAUCAUAUAGCAAUAUGCUGCUACUGUCUAAAAAUAAAUUGUCUGUUCAAAAUCUUCUUAAAUUUUGGCCAAAAAAUAUAAUAUCACAAUAGUUUUGUGACGAAGUCUAUCAAGCAGUAAAUCUUCAAUUGAUAUAGCACUUUUCCUACAAACAUUCUGCCUUCCAGGGUCGGUUGACCAAGGACACACACAUGCAAACACAAACAAAGAAGUACACUGAUGAUCAUAAGACUCAGGAAUAUUAUUGAGGAAGAAAGAUGGGGGCACAGAGAAUUCCCAGAAUUCAGUCAUAAAAUACCGACAUAUUUUUGUCAUUUCGUAGGCUUGUGAUUGAAAGUUUUACCGCUGCAAUAAAAUGUGGUAGAUUUGUAACUUGGUGAUUUAUAUGGGAAUGAUAAUAUUCUGGUUACUUGUUUACACAGAUAUUGUGGAGGGGUUUUUUCAGAUUUUUGUUUAUUCCAGAUGCCCUGCAAAUCUAUUGAGAGUUAGGGCAAGAAAGUCAGCUAAUACCCAAGCCCAGGCAUAAAUCCAACACGUUAUUCCAACUUCUCCCCCAACAUUGCCAGCUGCCUCACCGUGUCCACUUAAGACCACCCCUGGGCCCUGGCUGGGGGCCCCAAAACUUUAUGAUGGGCUUCCAAAACCUGUGGUCCUGUUUGAAAUCCUGCAAUCACCUUCCAUCCUUUUGAUCCAGGGGUCCUUAUUGAUCUUUAGUAUUACAACCCAAUAAAUUGACUUAAUGACUGGUGCCAUAUUUGGUUGGAGCUCUUUCUGUCAGUCGGUCUUUCACAGCCAAGCUGCUCCGCCUCGGCACUACCGUAACCCCAGUUCUUUUUUCUAUGUGUCAGGGGUCCCUAUUGAAUACCAAGAUUUCAGGGAGUUCUUGGCCACGCCGCUGCUGGCUCAGUUCCCCCCUGAGAGAAUGGCCAUGGAGAACUUUGCGGGGAAGAAAUGUAAGAUUCUGAGGCUCCCCCAUUGCAUCCCCUAGUCUCAAAAUUACUAUAAAGACCUACCAUCCACUUCCUCUCAUCUCCUCUCAUUACUAAAGGCUAAACAACACUUUUCUGAAAUCAUUAGUUUAUGUGUGAAUUUUGCUGUUGUGACAACUUAGUCUACCACACGGGAUGAAUAAAGUAUAUCCAGCCAUCAACCCUUCCAUUGCGAUCCAUCUAUGUAUAGGUCUAUCUGUUUUUAAAAAAAACUGAAAAUUGGAAUCAAAACAAUUGUAGAAGACAAAGAUUACGGUGUCUGUUCAAGGUAAGUGACACAUGAUCAAAAUGUAAUGAGAAGUGUUCUCAGAUGAAGUCUGCCUUUGAGCAAUGCUUGGGCCUCAGGCUGCCUUUGGAUUAAAUGAGAGGUAGGUACUUGGGAACAAUGCUAUGUUCUUUUCUCACUCCGUCUAAUCCUUGUUGGUAUUGCAAGCAGUUUCAUAUGACUCCACAGAGAAAAAGAGACAAGCGUCGCUAAGAAUUGUUUUACGACAGACCAGAAAAAUGUCAACUUGGUUUGGAAUUAACCCCAUAACCUGUUGGGUUGAAAAAUGAGGCACUGUAAUCGACAACAGAGCAAGCCUCCACCAACGUCUUGUGAGUGGAUGCUCCUGGUUGAACAGAAGAAUAUAAAUGUUCGGGUUACGAGCAUGGACGCCGAGCUGGAAUUUGCCAUCCUGCCCAGCACGACUGGCAAACAACUUUUUGAUCAGAUAGUGAAAACAAUCGGACUGAGGGAAACCUGGUUCUUUGGUCUGCAGUACCAAGAUAGCAAAGGUUUCUCCACUUGGCUAAAGCUCAACAAAAGGGUGACCGCUCAAGAUGUGAAGAGGGACAACCCUCUGUUGAUAAAGUUCAGAGCAAAGUUUUACCCAGAGGAUGUUGCAGAAGAACUCAUCCAGGAGGCAACACAACAUCUCUUCUUUCUGCAGGUAAAAGAGAGCAUCCUAAAUGACGACAUUUACUGUCCACCGGAGACUGCAGUGCUUUUGGCCUCAUACACGGUUCAGGUCAAACAUGGAGACUUCAAGAAAGAUUAUCACGUACCAGGCUACCUAACAAGAGAGAAGCUGCUUCCCCAAAGGGUUUUAGAGCAGCACAAACUGAAUGAAAAUCAGUGGGAGGAAAGAAUUCAAGUGUGGCAUCAAGAGCACAAGGGAAUGCUAAGGGAGGACGCCUUAUUGGAGUACUUGAAGAUAGCUCAGGAUCUAGAAAUGUAUGGGGUCAACUACUUCAGCAUCAAGAACAAGAAAGGAACUGAGCUCUGGUUGGGAGUGGACGCUCUGGGCCUCAACAUAUAUGACAAAAAGGACAAGCUGACCCCAAAGAUUGGCUUCCCCUGGAGCGAAAUCAGAAAUAUUUCCUUCAAUGACAAGAAGUUUGUCAUCAAACCCAUUGACAAGAAAUCUCCGGACUUUGUUUUCUAUGUACCCCGUCUUCGCAUCAACAAACGCAUACUGGCACUGUGUAUGGGAAACCACGACUUGUACAUGCGCAGACGUAAACCUGACACCAUUGAGGUGCAGCAAAUGAAGGCCCAGGCAAGACAGGAGAAGAACAAGAGGCAGAUGGAGAGGGCUCUGCUUGAGAGCGAGAAAAAAAAGCGUGAAAAUGCUGAGAAAGAAACCGAGAAGAUUGCUCGUGAGACCAUGGAGCUCGUGGAGAGAUUGCGACAGAUUGAGCAGCAGACAAAGAGAGCUCAAGAUGAGUUGGAGGAACAGACUCGCAGGGCACUUGAGUUAGAGAAGGGGAGGACGCUCGCACAGGAGGAAGCCGAGAGCCUGGACAACGACCACAGGGCUGCCAUGCAGGCUAAAGAAGCCCUGCUCCAACUUCCGCAGUCAGAGAUGAAGAGUCAGGAAGAGCUGGCCACUGAGCUGGCAGAGCUUACCUUGAAAAUCUCCCAGCUGGAAGAUGCCAAGAAGAAAAAGGAGGAGGAAGCACUGGGAUGGCAGAAAAGGGCAAUGAUGGCAGAAGCCGAUUUAGAGAAAACCAAAGAGGAGCUAAAGUCUAAAAUGGGAAUCCACAUCCAGGAUUCUGCCCACCCUCACAUGCAUGAUCACGAUGAGACAGAUGAGAGCAGCGCGGAGGCGAGCGCUGAGUUAAUGUCUCCUGGCACCGUACGUGACCGCAGUGAAGAGGAAAGAGUCACGGAGGCACAGAAGAACCAGAGACUGCAGAAAAACUUGAAGUUCCUGAGUACUGAGCUUGCUCAAGCUGUAGACGAGAGCAAAAUGACCGCAAAUGACCUGAUCCAUGCUGAGAACGUAAAGGCCGGCCGUGACAAAUACAAGACCCUACGUCAGAUUCGUCAGGGCAACACCAAACAGCGCAUUGAUGAAUUUGAGUCCAUGUGAGAAAUGUCCACUGAUGGACUGGAUUGGAUCAAAUACAGAAACAGACGUAGAGUAGUACUGAAUUGAUAAGAUGAUUGCAUCUAAGAACGAAUGAAUAGACUUCAUGAAAAAACAAUAUACUGUGACUGAAUGCUCUUGAUUUAAAUUUUACGUCUGAGACUUAGUCUGUGAGAAAAUUACAUGAGUCACUGGAAAUGUACACUCACCAGAAUAGACCUGCAAAAUCUAACAAGAGCCUAUACAAAAUAUUUCUCACAUUUCUGCUACAUUUCCAAGGAUAAAAAUUCCUGGUUUGAUUGACACCGACGGGGGUAGUCCAACUACAAUGUAAGGCUUUCAAAUACGUUUUUUCCCCCCAUUUUUAGCCAAGGAGUGGAAAAUAAAAAGUGUAUAAUUUUCAUGAUGAACUCAUUGUUCAAUUCAUUUUUAAUACACAGCUCUAGUGUUGAAUGUCAGUGUGCAGGUAUGUGGUGUGUAAUGUAUCAGAGCAGUCUUUUCUGCUUUAUUGACUUGGUAUUUUUAGGUCGCUAUGAACUAUUUCAGGGACAGCAGUUACUACAGUGGACAGCUUAUAUGUUAUCAUGUUACAAGGUGCAUGGAAGGGUUAAUGAUACAACUGAAUCACCGUUUUUCAUUUUGCUCUCACCAAAUGCGAAUGCUGUUGUUCUGAUACCAUUUUUGGGACCCGACAUGGUUGUGCAGUGUCAGCCAAUGUUGAUACCGUACUGAUAUCACGCUGU